GGAAAGACUGGUGGCGGGAAGUUUUCAUUGGAGAGCGGCUGAAAACUAAAGACGUUGGGAUCUCCAGUUUUAGAAUGGCAUCCAUUUCAGGUCUAACUGAAGAAUUGGAUUCUGUAACCAAUGAACUACAUGCAGUAGACAUUCAAAUUCAGGAACUUCUGGAAAGGCAACAAGAGCUUAUUCAGAAAAAGAACAUCCUAACAAACCAAAUAAAGCAGAAUUUAGAGGCUUCUGGUGCUGGGGAAAGCAGUGAAUGGGAUUCUUCACCUGCUGCUUGGAAUAAAGAAGAUUUUCCCUGGUCUGGUAAAGUUAAAGAUGUUCUGCAAAAUGUCUUUAAACUGCAGACGUUCAGACUGCUUCAACUUGAAACUAUUAAUGUAACAAUGUCUGGAAAGGAGGUAUUUCUUGUUAUGCCUACGGGAGGUGGAAAGAGCUUAUGCUACCAGUUACCAGCAUUAUGUUCAGAUGGUUUUACCCUUGUGAUUUGCCCAUUGAUCUCUCUUAUGGAAGACCAGUUAAUGGUUUUAAAACAAUUAGGAAUUUCAGCUACCAUGUUAAAUGCUUCUAGUUCUAAGGAGCAUGUGAAAUGGGUUCAUGCUGAAAUGGUAAAUAAAAACUCCAAGCUAAAGCUAAUUUAUGUGACCCCAGAGAAAAUCGCAAAAAGCAAAAUGUUCAUGUCGAGACUAGAGAAAGCCUAUGAAGCCAGGAGAUUUACCCGGAUUGCUGUGGAUGAAGUUCAUUGCUGUAGCCACUGGGGACAUGAUUUCAGACCCGAUUACAAGGCACUUGGUAUCUUGAAGCGGCAGUUCCCUAACACCGCACUAAUAGGGCUGACUGCAACCGCGACAAGCCAUGUUCUGAAGGAUGCCCAGAAAAUACUGUGUGUGGAAAAGUGUUUUACUUUCACGGCUUCUUUUAAUCGGCCGAAUCUUUAUUAUGAGAUUCGGCAGAAGCCCUCCAACACCGAAGAUUUUAUCGAGGAUAUUGUAAAGCUCAUUAAUGGGAGAUACAAAGGGCAAUCAGGAAUUAUAUAUUGCUUUUCUCAGAAAGACUCUGAGCAAGUUACAGUUAGUUUACAGAAACUGGGAAUUCAAGCAGGAGCGUACCAUGCCAAUAUGGAACCGGAAGAUAAGACCAAUGUUCAUCGAAGAUGGUCAGCCAGUGAAAUUCAGGUAGUAGUGGCCACAGUUGCAUUUGGUAUGGGAAUUGAUAAACCAGAUGUGAGGUUUGUUAUCCAUCAUUCAAUGAGUAAAUCUAUUGAAAAUUAUUACCAAGAGAGUGGACGUGCAGGUCGAGAUGACAUGAAAGCGGACUGUAUUUUGUAUUAUGGCUUUGGAGAUAUAUUCAGAAUAAGUUCAAUGGUGGUGAUGGAAAAUGUGGGACAACAGAAGCUUUAUGAGAUGGUGUCAUACUGUCAAAACAUAAGCAAGUGUCGCCGUGUAUUGAUAGCUCAACAUUUUGAUGAAGUGUGGAAUUCAGAAGCAUGCAACAGAAUGUGUGAUAAUUGUUGUGAAGACGUUGCAUGUGAAAGAAAGAAUGUCACAGCACACUGCAGAGAUCUAAUCAAGAUCCUGAAGCAGGCAGAGGACCUGAAUGAAAAGCUCACGCCACUGAAACUGAUUGAUUCUUGGAUGGGAAAGGGUGCAGCAAAAUUGAGAGUGGCAGGUGUUGCUCCGCCCAAACUUGCUCGUGAAGACCUGGAGAAAAUUAUUGUACAUCUUCUUCUACAGCAGUAUCUUAAAGAAGACCACAGUUUCACAGCGUUUGCUACCAUCUCAUAUUUGAAAAUAGGACCUAAAGCCAAUCUUCUGAACAGUGAGACACAUGUCAUUGUUAUGCAAGUAAAGAAGCCCAUGCAGAGCUGUUUCAGGAUUGAAUCAUCUCAAACUUGUCAUUCUGAAGGAGCUGAUAAAAAAAGGGAAGAAAAAAAUUCAGGUAACUUCCAGAAGUCUGCAGACAUGCUUCAGCAAUCUAAGAAUACAGGGACUAAGAAAAGAAAAAUUGAUGAUGCAUGAGUGUUUCUAAAUUAUCCAGGAAAACAGUUUAUACAUGUAUACACCAUUAUUUUGUAGUUAAAAGUUAAAGACAAUUUUAUUAAUAUUUUAUACAUAUGGAACUUACCUCUGAAGUAUUGAAGACUUAAAAAUUUGAGAUCAUGACUUACAUAAAUUUACAGUAUGAAAGAGAAAAAUAAUUUUAAUGUAAAAUAUUUAAGAAUGAGUUCACA